UUUUUCUGUUUUAUUUCAUAUUUUCUAUUUGGCAACGUAAUGGAAUAAAUAAAAUUUUAAUUCUUAAAAAAAAUUAUUGCAAACUGUGAGGAAAAAAAAUUAAUCUUUGCAUUAUUCAUAGAGCUUAUUUCAAUAAAGGUCUAUCCUAUGAUGAAAUGUCAUCACCGAAUAUCUUUUCUAGCCUUACUGCUCCUUCUGGUGUAAUAGAUUAUUUUCAAUCAUUCCUUCCGGAAGACAUAAGUUCCCUAUUCGAUGAUAAUUUUCCAAGUAUAGAUCCUAUAGACGACUUUCAACUUCAAAUUUUGCGUGUAACAUUAUUUAUACUUUGUGUUAAUCUAAUUUUCAUAUGGAUAGCUUGGAGAAAGUAUGGAGAAAAAAUAACUGAAAGAUUUAUGAAACCUGCUUCCAGCAAAAGUCUUGAAGAUUUGAAGAGAGAAGCUACUGAAUUGAAACUACCAAAAGAACAUACUCCAAGAAUAUAAUUUUUUUCUUCUUUACAAUAUGAAUCCAAUUAAAAAAUUAUUUAAUAAAAUAAAUACUGAAAGGAAAUUUAAAGAAGCUGGCCCAGGGCAUAAACUCAAUGAAGUUUCUAAUAGAGAUCACCCCACGCCUUCUUCCAGCAGUAAAGGUAGACCUAGUCAACACAUCUCAUCUGAGGAAGCACGCCGUGCCGGACAAGCAGCAUUGGCCAGAGUUGAACAAAGGCAGAGCUCUCAAAGUACAGUAAAUUGGUCGCUGAAAGCAACCAAAGCACAAGCUAGAAAAGAGAUGGAACUUGAAAAUGCUGCUAAGGCCAAAGCUGAGGCUAAGUCAAAAAAGGAGGUUGUCAAAACAGACCAUUCCAUUUUAGCUGUAUCUGGGGUAUAUUUUAAGUGUCCUUUACUUGGUCCAGAAAUUUUACCAAGGAAUGAAAUGGAGGAACGGAUAAAGACCUUUUUGUAUGAACAAUAUGAAGAAGAAAAAGGCCUUACAGCAUGUUUAAUUAUUCACACUUUAAGCAGAAAUAAAGAAAAACUUGGUGUUGCUAUAGAAACUCUUUCUAGAUAUCUAACAAAUAUACUAGACAAUCCAGAAGAAGAGAAAUAUCGGAAAAUUCGAUUGAAUAACAAAGUUUUCCAAGAAAGAAUUGUAGGUAUUGAAGGAGCUUUUGAAUUUCUAUCCGCUGCUGGAUUUUCCAAACAAGUUAUUGACCAUGAAGAAUAUUUAGUAUUUUCAAGGAGUCAUGAAAGUGACUUUGAAAAUAUGCAAAUGUUGAAAGAAGCUCUCUUAAGUGCUGAACCGAUUCUUCCUUGCUUAGACCGAAAUUUGAGAAUAUUGCGUCCUGCUCAAGUAGCUGGUGAAAUAAAUCUUCCAGAAGAGUUUUUUCAUCUUUCAGCUGAAGAACUCAAAAGAGAACAAGAAACUAAAGCAGAAACUGUAGAACUUAUGACUCAACUUCGCACCAAAGCUAUGCGAGAAAGAGAUGAAAUUAGAGAAUUCCAUAGGUAUAAAUUUGCCCUGAUAAGGAUUCGCUUCCCAGAUGAUAUUUUCAUGCAGGGUACAUUUUAUGUUCAUGAAAAGUUGCAGGCAGUGAAAGAAUUUGUAGCUGAAUAUCUUAGAGACCCUUCAAAGAGCUUUCAGAUUUUGCUCCCAGGAGGAUUAAAGCUUACAGACAACAGUCUUUCGUUAUUAGAAUUAAAGCUAGUGCCUGCAGCCGUUUUGAAUUUGUUGUGGGAGAAUGGUUCCGGUGAAGAUAAUGGAAGUUAUUUAAAACCUGAAAUUGUCGCUCUUCUUAGUGAUGUGUAACCUAUUUUUUAUCUUUAAGAAUAAUUUUAAUGCUAUUGCUAUUUAUGAACUUGGUAAAUUAUUGUUGCAAAGACUAUCCUGUGUAAAAACAUAAUGUAUGUUUUCUUUUUUCAAAUUUAUUUCAAAACUUGUUGCUUUUAAAAGUUCUCCAAAUAUUUAUGUACAAAACAAAAUAAAAAUUUUCAUCUUUGAGCAUAUCUCUAGAAAAAAAAAUAUUUUUAUUGUUCCUAAAACACUAAAAUGCUAUCUUUCCUUACGUGGACACUUCAACAAAGAAGAAAAAAUAAAAAGAUUAAUCUAA